UGGAUUAAGUACUGGCUCCUACCUGCCGAACCUCGCACCUUGGAAGUUACCUAAUUCAAGCACCAAAUUACAACCAAGACUAGAAGUUUCAGCUACAAAUUCAAACUGCAAACUUGCCAACUACAACUAAUUUUUAAUCCAUGACCGAAAAAAACGAAAUAUAAACGAACGCCGCUCGCUACGAGUUCUAAAAUACGUUAGCAAACAAUGGACAAGCUCCCGCCGGAGAUCCUUCUCCACAUCCUCGAAUUUACCGUCGUAGCGCUAUACGGCUGCAAGAAUCAGCUUCUCAAGCUGCGCACCACCUGCAAGGUGUUCGAUGAAGUCCUGAAGCCAUAUGCUCUCCGGACACUUCAAUUGGAAUUUACACGCCUCGAUCGUAUCGAGAGGAGGCUUAAACCACCCGACUACAAUGCGUUGCGCCGAAUAGGCCCUCUUUGCCAGGCGCUGUACCUUGACAUGAUGGUGGUGAGAGACGACAGUGAAGUAGGAUUCUUGGGUAGUAUGUUUGCUCAGAUCCCCGCCAUGGACUCUUUCGUUUCUCGUCUACGAAAUACCUACUGCUUGAACGAGUGCUCCUUCACCGAGAUCGACUAUCGCCGCCAACUAGGCCUUCUUCUCGAACACGCUCCCAAUGUCACUGCCGUGAAGCUGAACCUACCCUUCCAAUUGGUGUCUACGGGCCCGUAUAGCGCAACCACGAUGUUACUAGGAAAUACCUUCGAGGCUCUGGCCCAGCGUCCCGAAGAAUCCGAAUCACUCAAGACUUUGGUGUUGGAGAACCUAACUGAUAGGUCCAUAGCAAGCCUAUGGAGAAACCCCCAGGACGUGAAAAAUAUCAUCAGCGCGUUCAAGGACCUCCAGCAUCUAUUCUUGUCCGUGCGGCGAAACGACGAGGAACGGGACCGCACUAUCAACUUCCGUAAUCGCCUGUGGGAGAUGGUCGGGAAGGCGGAGAAGCUUGAAAGUCUGUGUCUAGCCGACUUGGACGUGAAUGAGAGGCACUAUUGGGAUAUCAAGACCUCGUCGCAGCGAGACUCGCCGCUUGAGGACUGGCAGUUCAAGUCCAUACCCACAAUCCACAAGCCGCCUAAAUCGAUUCUACCGAAUCUCACUUACUUAGAACUGUGGCAGGUCGAAGUGAUGGGAUGCGGGCUUCUGUCGGUACUGAAGUGCUUCGGUGACUCCCUCAAAGAACUCUACUUAGACGGCGUUUACCUCAAGACCAUCUACAACCCCGAGGCGCCCCAGGAUACAAACAACACACUCUGGAUCGGCUUGCCCAACGUACGACCACCGCCCAAUCACAAAUGGAUAGCGACGUAUCUGCGCCAGAUUAAAGUCCAGCUCCGCGUCUGCCGCGUUGCCAACUUGGGAUACGACCAGUACGUGAUGAGCGAGAACCCGCUCAACAGCGCGGAAUACGACACCGUGGACCCGAGCGGCCUAAGACGUCCUAUCGAGCAGCGGUUCGUCGAAGUAGCCACGGGGAUCAAGCAGCCGGCAGCGCCGGACGGGUCUCCAAUAGCCUACUUCCCGGAGGAAGAGUCGCAGGAAGCCUGGGCGCUGGCCGAUCGGGAGCAGCCGGCGGGCGGGCUCCGGUUCGAGGACUGGAACAUCAAGCACUACAUGGCGACGCGGUACAGCCCGACAUCGGCCUGGCAGCGGUCCAUCGACGGCCUGUUCCCCAACUGCAACCAGUUCACGCUUAACGCGCUAAACAGCUUUGCGGAUAGCGCCUGCACCGGCAUGACGCUGCUCAAGCAGUUGCGCGACCACGAGACCGAGUCGUCCAUCUCCGUAUAAGAACUGGAAACGUAAGCCGACAGAACCGUAUAGUUAAUUGUUUACUUUCUCUUUCCAGAGCCUCGUUUUAUUCUCUAUGGGUUUAAGAAGUUGCAAGUAUUGCUUUGGUUGAGGACUUACCAGAUGUCGUUAUAGCCUUCUUAUCCGAUGCUUUUUUCCCUUUUCCUUUUGCUUUUCUUUUUCUUUUCACUCUAUGAUUUUUUUAUGUUUCGGUGUUGAUUACCUCAGGUAUCUACCUAGACCUAGGAGGUUUAUAACGGCGGUGGAGACCCGUUAUCAUAUUAAUUCAUAUUAAUAAUAACCCGGGGGGGAAAGAGUCAAUUAUUAGUGACGCUGACCGUGCAUGCGUCGAGGUUUAAUGCGCGGAACUUGGAACAGGAACAGGAUGGACUGACUACUAGGUCUCCUUUGUACUUAAUAUGAUACCACAAAUGCGGAGGAUGUUUACUUAAUAAUACCUAGGUUAGGGGGUAACGGGAUUAUUAAUGGCUUGAUAAGAAGUCCCCGGAAUAUAAAAGAUUUCAUUUUUUCCUGUUUUACAUUUCG